UUCCGUCCUUCGUCCUUGAUCCUUCCCUUUAAGAGGGUCCAGUCUCUGGUCUCUUUCUCCACUGUUCUUGGGAGAGAAGGAGAGGUGCCUUUUCGUAAAUUCUCAGAAAUUACAGCCCGAAAAGUCGGAUUUUCUGGUGAAUACAGAGAAAAGUAGAAAACAACAACAGAGAAGCGCAGGUGCGCAGCUCCGUCUCUCUCUCUCUGCGUUGAGCCAGGAACAAAGGCCACUGACGCCUCCUGGCUCGAUUUUCGAGACAACAACAAAAGAUCUUCUUGAACAACUUUUUUUUUUCUUCCCCGGUCGUCGCAAUUUAUAUAUUCAACUCCACCUGAAAGCUAAAAUUUCACCUUCGUCUCGAUUUCACCUGCCAAAUCCCUCUUCUGCCUUCAUAAUUCCGGGCAUCUUUGGCAGGUACUGCUGUAUGAAUUUCGUCAAUAGGGAUUGAUUAGCUACAAUGCAAAUUUACAAAUUUCAAUUUGAUUGGGAGAAGGAAGUUCAGAUAUUGACAAAUUGUGUUCUGAAAUCACUUCAGUGAAGCAUGGAUGGUACUGAAUGAUCUUCCAUGAAUUUGAGCUUGGCAGUGGUUGUACUUACAAUCUGUUCUGAUUAAGUAUCUUGGGCGAACGAGUUCUGUUUUACAGUCUACUCCUUUCAAAUCUCUUGGUUAGUUGUUUUUUCUUUUCCAUACGCUAUGCCAUUUGUACAGAGGCUGUAUAAAACGUGCAAAGAGUCCUUCUCUCCAAAUGGACCUAUUUCAGAAGAAUCUCUUGAAAAUGUUCGCGCACUUUUAGAUACCAUCAGGCCUUCUGAUGUAGGUCUUGAACAGGAAGCACAAUUGGUACGUUCAUGGAAAGGUUCUGCACAUGGUACUAAUGGAAAGAAGGGUCGGAAUGGGAGCUACCUGCCUCAAAUCAAAUAUCUACACCUGCAUGAGUGUGAUAGCUUCUCUAUAGGAAUAUUUUGCAUGCCACCUUCUUCCAUUAUACCGCUUCAUAAUCAUCCUGGAAUGACUGUGUUGAGCAAACUUCUGUAUGGUUCACUGUAUGUAAAAUCAUAUGAUUGGCUUAAUGUACCUGAACCUUCCGAUCUGUCAAAAGCAAGGCCUGCAAAGAUUGUUAGAGAUUGUGAGAUGACUGCGCCAUGUGAUACAACAAUACUUUACCCAAACAGAGGUGGCAACAUUCACUGUUUCAAAGCGUCAACUCCUUGUGCUCUCUUUGACAUAUUAUCACCCCCUUACUCCUCGGAGGAUGGACGACAUUGCUCUUACUUCCGGAAGUCCCCCAUGAAGGAUUUAUCUGUUGAUCUUCAUUCAGAUAUUCUUGAAUCAAAUGGAAUAAAAGAUUCUGAAGUGGUUUGGUUGGAAGAGUUCCAGCCUCCUGAUAACUUUGUGGUCCGGAGGGGGGUAUACAAGGGCCCAAUUAUUCGAAUUUGAUUUUUUUUCUUUUUUUUUUUUUUGGUUCCAGCUGGUGUAGCCGUGUAGCUAAAACAUUAAUCAUUUGGGCCUAAUUACAAGGAAGCGUUGAGGUGAAUAAUGGUAUAUUGUGAUCAAUACAAUAAUUACUGUUAGUCGGUGCCUUGGUGGUGGGCAUUCGGUUUGUAAAUAUCCAUACAUUGACACUAUUUUCCAUCAAUGGUCUCGCCUUUAGCUUAGCGGAACAGUGACUGCAAGAACUUGUACCCCAUGUACCCUUAUUAGAAUAGCUGGACAGGUGAUUAUUGACAGGAUGAGAUACUUUUCUUGUGGUUUUCUUCUUGGUUCAA